AUGGACGUGCAGCACACCUACGGAAGUCAGCAGCAUCUUGGAUGCUUCACCGCUCCCACCUACUCACAACGAAUGACACGGCUUUCCUUUGGCAUUCCGAGUCGUCUACGACAGCCACUUGUACUCGAUCAUACAGGCGGACUUGAAAGUGAAGAUGAUGGCGAUACUACAGGCAGCUCAAUCAACUCUGAUUCAGACUCCAGUUCCCGCUUGCGCUCUUCAAAUUCAGACUCAGACUCCAGUGUGGACUCAUUUGACCUGCGAAAUGAGCAUCUACGAAUUCCUAGACGUUAUCGCCGUACUCCCAUCAUUUCUUCUCGGGUUCUGGGUUGGGUCGAAGCACAGAUCCGGGAGAUGUACGCUCAGCGCUACAGCGUCCCACGGGUACCUCUCAUUCGACCAGAGUCUCGUCUAAAGACUUGUCUUGAAUCAUGGAAACAUAAAGACAAGCUUGCAUUCCGAGGCGAGCUUCGAAUCUGGCCUACGACAUUCGAUAAACUGCUUCGGAAAAUCGAGGGACAUGCAGUCUUCACUAACAACUCCAACUACGGUCAGACUCCUGUCGAAAUUCAGCUGGCAGUAGCGCUUUAUCAGUUCGGUCACGACGGAAAUGGGGUUUCACUUCAAGCUGUGUCGUGGUGGUCGGGAUUGGGGAAGGGGACAGUACCUCGGUGUACACGCCGUGUUAUUACCGCUAUUUUGGGAAGCGGAAUGUUGGCCGAAUAUGUUCGCAUGCCAACCGCUUCAGAGAAGGAGGAGGCAAAAGCUUGGGUGGAGAAAACAUCUGGUUGUCGAGAGUGGAGAGAUGGCUGGUGUAUGGUUGAUGGCACGUUGAUUCCAUUGGCGACUCGGCCAAACUGGUUUGGCCCAAGCUACUUCGACCGAAAGAUGAAUUACUCGAUGAAUCUCCAGGUUAUCAACCUUCCGAACCUACAGAUCGUCGAUAUCGGAUAUGGCUAUGUGGGUAGCACUCAUGAUGCCACUGCCUGGACGGGAACUCGUGUUUAUCAAGAGCUUGAUAAACUGCUCCUGUCUGGAGAGUUUAUUUGGGGUGAUGCCGCAUACCCAAUCUCCCGAUGGCUGACUGCCCCUUUCAAAAGUCCCGAACGCGAAGAUCCCGAUAACACUAUCUUCAACAACCACGUCUCUUAUGUCCGUGUUCGCUCUGAGCACUGCAUUGGGUUUUUGAAGGGCCGACUACAAUCGCUCAAGGGUCUACGUCUCACCAUCAAUAACGACCGCGACCACACCUAUGUAACGCAAUGGAUUAUGACAUGCGUCGUUGUUCACAACUUUGCGCUUCUUCACGAGGCCAAGCUGCGUGCCAAACGGCCUUCAAAUCUUGAAUACACUGCACCUGAGAAUGACCCAUUCAUCCCAGCUGAAAUACGACGCAGGCGCAAUGGUCCUCAGCGAGAGAACCCAGAUUCGGAAAUACCACUGGAGAUGGAGGGAACAUCAGCUGGACGGCGAGCAAGACUUGCAGCAGGAAAGGCUAAGCGAAAUGAAUUAAAAGAGUAUUUACUAAAUGCAUUAGACAAUCGUAGACAAAGAUUUAGGAUAGAUUGA